AUGACAAACAUCUACAAAUUUGGUCCGCACACCAUCACGGCAGGGCAGAUCUUCUUGAAGUCGAAACACAGCCUCGGUCUCGUCAACCUGAAGCCGAUUCUCCCUGGCCGUAAGUUGUUCAUAUACAGCCGAGGAUGCUUGGAUGUACUAGUGAUUAGUCGUCGCAGUGUGCCGCGUUUCCUUGACCUGAGCCCCGAGGAGGUUAGCGAUAUAUUCCAAUCAGCACAGCAGAUCGGAAGGGUUGUCGAACAGGAGUACGGUGGCACGUCCUUGACCGUUGCCUGUCAGGAUGGACCGCAAGCUGGACAAACAGUGCCUCAUUGUCACGUUCACAUCAUUCCUCGGCGUCUGGGCGACUAUGUGGACAAUGACGAUAUCUAUGAGGAUAUCACUCGCAACACCAAUGAGCUCCUGACACUAUCCGAAGAUGGAGUAAACGAGCCCAUAAAAAAGGGUGUCGAUAACGACGAGCGGAAGGCUAGAUCCGAGGAUGAUAUGACCGCGGAGGCUGCACGAUUAGCGUGGCUGCUGGGAGAGCAAUGA